GAAAAGAAGUGGAGCAAGUUCAGUAGCUAUCCAGUCUAACGUCUUACUGAUAUAUUAAGGAAUCUCACAAAUACUGAUUUUGAAUUGAGAAAAUGACUGCAGAUAUAGAAGAAAGUACAGGUUGUUGGAAAAGAAUACCUGUCAAGAAGUGGAACAUCCAAUAGUUAAUUUGGAAGUAGUAUAAAAUAAACAUACCUGUUAUGGUGCCGUUCUGGAGUGGAGUUAACUCUAUAGCACACAGGUAGUCUCCAAGGAGAGAGAGAAAAAAAAAAGGCUUUCUGUUUUUCUAAAUUAUGGAAAUUUUUUGGAAGACGUGGACAUGGAUUUUGAGCCUAGUCAUGGUUUCAUCGGAAUUUCACAGUGACAACAGGCUUUCAUAUAGUUCUCAAGAGGAAUUCCUGUCUUACCUUGAACACUACCAACUAACAAUCCCAAUAAGGGUUGAUCAAAAUGGAGCCUUCCUCAGCUUUACUGUGAAAAAUGCUAAACCCUCAAGAAGGAGGAGGAGCACAGACCCUUAUGACCAAGAACUGGCAGCAUCUAAAUUAUUUUUUAAACUAUCUGCCUAUGGCAAGCACUUUCAUUUAAACCUGACUCUCAACACAGAUUUGGUGUCCAGACAUUUUACAGUAGAAUACUGGGGGAAAGAUGGACCACAAUGGAAGCACGAUUUUUUAGACCACUGUCAUUACACAGGAUAUUUGCAAGACCAACACAGUACAACUAAAGUGGCCUUAAGCAACUGCAAUGGUCUGCAUGGAGUCAUUGCUACAGAAGAUGAAGAGUAUUUUAUUGAGCCUUUAAAGAAUAUAACGGAAGAUUCUAGUAACUUUAAUUAUGAGAAUGGUCAUCCUCAUGUUAUAUACAAAAAGUCUACCAUGCAUCAGCAACACCUCUAUGAUCACAGUCACUGUGGAGUCUCAG